GCUUUUGUGCGGUCAACAGGUGAAAGCGACUCAUCGGGCGAUAAGUUUUGACGACUUUGAUUAACUAAUCAUUAACGAAGUGUUGGGGUGAGGUGAAAGUUCACGUUGAAAAUGUCCGCAAAAGUAGCCAAGUCAAGUAAGCCCGCCUCCAAAGAGCCGUCGGCGCUGGCCAAAAUAUACCUGAUAGCGUACAAUGCCGUGCAGGUGGGCGGCUGGAGCUACAUCCUGUAUCAGUUGGUCAACUACUAUCUGCUGCAGGGCCCCGAGUUCCGAGCCCAGAUAACGCUCUGGGACUACACACGAGUGGCUGUCAUCAUCUUCCAGAAUGCAGCCUUUGUGGAAAUCCUCAACGCAGCCUUUGGCCUGGUGAAAUCUAAUCCGGUGGUCACCGGAUUCCAAGUCUUCAGCCGCAUGAUGGUCGUCGUUGGAGUGGUCAUGGCCACGCCCACGGGCAAGGUAUCGCCAGGUCUGCCCAUUGCCCUCUUUGCCUGGGCCAUCACGGAGAUCAUCCGCUAUGGUUACUAUGCGCUGAACAUUGUCAAAGUGGUGCCACACUUUGUGGUCUUUCUGCGCUACACCACCUUCAUUGCCCUGUACCCGAUUGGCGUCACCGGUGAGCUCCUGUGCUUCUGGUGGGCUCAGAGCUAUGCCCGGGAGCACAGUGUUUGGAGCACUGUGAUGCCCAAUAAAUGGAAUGCCACCUUCUCCUACUUUGCCUUCCUGUGGAUUGUGAUGCUCGGCUACAUUCCCAUUUUCCCCCAGCUGUAUCUGCAUAUGUUUGCCCAGCGCCGCAAGAUCCUUGGCGGUGGCAGCAGCGCCGUCAGUGCCGAGAAGAAGAAAGCGCAUUGAACCUUGCCCACCACCACCACUACCAGCAGCACGAAACGAAUUCCGGAUUCAAUUUGCAUAACGCUCGCCAUCGCACUUUGGAGUCGGUCGUCGCCCGCUCGUUUUGGGGUCGCUCUCUUACCUCACCUCUUGCACAAACACAUUCGAUUUUUGACGCAUAAGCUUUAGCUAUUAAGUGGUUUUUGUGUGUACAAAUAAACUAGAUAAUUUUUCCCCAAA